AGGACUAUGGAAGACAGAAUCGUCGCUCAAGCUCAUAAUGAACUGGAACAAAUGUUAGACAUCUUGACAAACAGUUUCACAACAAUGCGAGAUCUCCUCGAAAGAUCAGGAAACCGGCGAAAUGAUCUGACGCGACGAAUCCAGGAAGUAAAUGUAGAGUUUACUCGCUUCCGUGCGAAUGGUAUGCGAAAUUCGUUUGAGCGGAAUCUCGCCCGGCAGGAGGAGGAACGAAGGAUGCGAAGAAGGACGGACUCUGACUCUUCUACGGAUUCGAACGAUAGCGAUUUUGACCUAGACUUCAUCUAUCCAGUCGACUUAUGGCAAUUUUCGUCGCCUUCAGCAAGUGGUGAUUCGAAUGCAUCCAGGAAUAUGGCAACAAGUUCACCACCUGAAAGCCAAACAUCAGUUCAACAAACUGCUGACACAAUAGCUGCUUCGACAUCAACUCCUCCAUCUACCACCAGCAAUAUAACUCCUUCUAGACCAACCACUAGUGAACAAUCAAACACAAUCAAAAGAAAAACCGCGUUUGAAAAAGAAGAUGCUCCACCGGCGAAACGAUCAAUGGCCACAUCCACCGAUGAUGCGUAUUUCUCUAAAUUUUAAGUCGAAGCGCAAGCGACUAUGUUCCACAGAACUCGGAAAUCGACAGCUGCUGAAAUCAUUUACCCCUCGUGCAAUACUACUUCAAAACUCAAAUUCUUCAAAUACUCGACUCAGAAUUUCCUGAUUUAAUUGCACUGAAUUA